AUGGAGAACAGCAGCAGCAGCAGCCACCAGGGGGACAACCCCACCAACAUCUCCCUGGCAAACAGCGAUGCCACCUUUGCAGUGCUGGAAUACAAGGCUCUCUCCGUCUUCCUGGUGCUGGGCGUUUGUGGAGUUGGCAUCGUCGGCAACGUCAUGGUGGUGUUGGUGGUCACCACCACCCGGGACAUGUGGACUCCCACCAACUGCUACCUGGUUAGCCUGGCCAUGGCCGAUCUGAUGGUUCUGGUCGCCGCUGGGCUGCCCAACGUCUCUGAAAGCCUGACAGGAACAUGGAUCUACGGGUACGUCGGCUGCCUGGGCAUCACCUACUUCCAGUACCUGGGCAUCAACGUGUCGUCCUGCUCCAUCACGGCCUUCACAGUGGAGAGGUACAUCGCGAUCUGCCACCCAAUGAAAGCCCAAGCCAUGUGCACGGUGUCACGAGCCAAGCGCAUCAUCGCUUUCAUCUGGAGCCUCACCGCCGUGUACUGCCUGCUCUGGUUCUUCCUGGUGGACAUCAACGUCAGCCGGAGCCGGCAGGUGGAGUGUGGCUACAAGGUCUCCCGCAACCUCUACUUGCCCAUCUACCUCCUCGACUUUGCCCUCUUCUUCGUCACCCCCUUGUUCCUGGCCACCGUGCUCUACGGCCUCAUCGGCAGGGUCCUCUUCCGCGGCCCCGUCCCGCACCAACCGCCGGCCCUCCACAAACGCUGUGGAGACUUGGACGGCAAAGAGAGGAAUGGCAGCUCCAGAACCAGCGUGCCUGUCUCCUCCAGGAAACAGGUCACCAAGAUGCUGGCCGUGGUGGUGGUCCUUUUCGCCUUGCUCUGGACGCCCUACCGGACCCUGGUGCUGGUCAACUCCUUCGUGGACCGCCCCUACUUAGACCGCUGGUUCCUCCUCUUCUGCAGGGUCUGUGUCUACGCCAACAGCGCCGUCAACCCCGUCGUCUACAACCUCAUGUCUCGGAAGUUCUGCCUGGCCUUCAAGAAGCUCUGCAAAUGUGGGGCGGGAGGGCGGCCACCGCGGAGCUUCUAUGUGGCCUCCAGCGGUUACAGCGGGAGGAGGCAGCCCAGUGUCCAGCCCCAGAGCAAAGGGGAAGCGGCCCCGCCGCAGUCUGUGGGUGAGAAGGACCCAUCUGCCCUGCAGCCGGGGACAACGACAUCACCCCACGAGAAGGAGAAGGAACUGUACUUCAGCGUAGUUUGA